GAUCUCAAGCUCGCUAUGGAGAAUUACGUUUUAAUUGACUAUGACACCAAACGCUUCAAGAGCAUGCAGAGGCUCUGCGACAAGUACAACCGUGCCAUCGACAGCAUCCACCAGCUGUGGAAGGGCACCACACAGCCCAUGAAGCUGAACACGCGGCCGUCCACCGGGCUCCUGCGCCACAUCCUGCAGCAGGUCUACAACCACUCGGUGACCGACCCCGAGAAGCUCAACAACUACGAGCCCUUCUCUCCGGAGGUGUACGGGGAGACCUCCUUUGACCUGGUGGCCCAGAUGAUUGACGAGAUCAAGAUGACCGACGACGACCUGUUUGUGGACUUGGGGAGCAGUGUGGGCCAGGUCGUGCUCCAGGUCGCCGCUGCCACCAACUGCAAACAUCACUAUGGCGUCGAGAAAGCAGACAUCCCGGCCAAGUAUGCGGAGACCAUGGACCGCGAGUUCAGGAAGUGGAUGAAAUGGUAUGGAAAAAAGCAUGCAGAAUUCACAUUGGAGAGAGGCUAUUUCCUCUCAGAAGAGUGGAGGGAGCGAAUCGCCAACGAGGUGUAUCACCAGCUGAAGGAGCGGUUUGCAAACAUGAAGGAAGGUGGCAGAAUCGUGUCCUCAAAACCCUUUGCACCUCUGAACUUCAGAAUAAACAGUAGAAACUUGAGUGACAUUGGCACCAUCAUGCGCGUGGUGGAGCUGUCGCCCCUGAAGGUCUCGGUGUCGUGGAAGGGGAAGCCAGUCUCCUACUACCUGCACACUAUCGACCGCACCAUACUUGAAAACUGUUUUUCUAGUCUGAAAAACCCAAAACUCAGAGAACAGGAGGCAGCCCGGCGCCGCCAGCAGCGCGACAGCAAGAGCAACGCGGCCACGCCCACUAAGGGCCCAGAGGGCAAGUUGGCCGGCCCCGCAGACGCCCCCAUGGACUCUGGUGCUGACAAAGAGAAGGCGGGAGCAGCCACCGUGAAGAAGCCGUCUCCCUCCAAAGCCCGCAAUAAGAAGCUAAACAAGAAGGGGAGGAAGAUGGCCGGCCGCAAGCACGGGCGCCCCAAGAAGAUGAACACUGCGAACCCCGAACGGAAGCCCAAGAAGAACCAAACUGCACUGGAUGCCCUGCACGUUCAGACCGUGUCUCAGACGACGGCCUACUCGCCCCAGGAUGCCUACAGAUACCCUCACAGCCCGUUCUACCAGCUACCUCCGAGCGUGCAGCGGCACUCCCCCAACCCGCUGCUGGUGGCGCCCACCCUGCCCGCGCUGCAGAAGCUGCCAGAGUCCUUCAAGAUCCAGUACCUGCAGUUCCGGGCAUACACAAACCCCCAGUACAAGGCCAGCCUGCAGGAGCUGCUGGGCCAGGAGAAGGAGAAGAAUGUCCAGCUCCUGGGCGCGGCUCAGCAGCUCCUCAGCCACUGCCAGGCCCAGAAGGAGGAGAUCAGGAGGCUGUUCCAGCAAAAAUUGGAUGAGCUGGGCGUGAAGGCGCUGACCUACAACGACCUGAUUCAAGCGCAGAAGGAGAUCUCCGCCCAUAACCAGCAGCUGCCGGAGCAGUCGGAGCAGCUGGAGAAGGACAACCGUGCGCUCCGCAGCCAGAGCUUGCAGCUGCUCAAGGCUUGCUGCGAGGAACUGCAGCUGGACUGGGCCACGCUGUCUCUGGAGAAGCUGCUGAAGGAGAAGCAGGCCCUGAAGAGCCAGAUCUCGGAGAAGCAGAGGCACUGCCUGGAGCUGCAGAUCAGCAUUGUGGAGCUAGAGAAGAGCCAGCGGCAGCAGGAGCUCCUGCAGCUCAAGUCCUGUGUGCCGCCUGACGACGCCCUGUCCCUGCACCUGCGUGGGAAGGGCGCCCUGGGCCGCGAGCUGGAGCCUGAUGCCAGCCGGCUGCACCUGGAGCUGGACUGCGCCAAGUUCUCGCUGCGUCACUUGAGCAGCAUGAGCCUGGCCAAGAUUGUGCUGAGGCGGCACCUGAGCCAGGACCACACGGUGCCCGGCAGGCCGCCCGCCAGUGAGCUGCACUCGAGAGCUGAGCACACCAAGGAGAAUGGUCUUCCCUACCAGAGCCCCAGCGUGCCUGGCAGCAUGAAGCUGAGCCCUCAGGACACGCGGCCCCUGUCCCCUGGGGCCUUGCAGCUUGCUGGAGAGAAGAGCAGUGAGAAGGGCCUAAGAGAGCGCGCCUACGGCAGCAGCGGGGAGCUCAUCACCAGCCUGCCCAUCAGCAUCCCGCUCAGCACCGUGCAGCCCAACAAGCUCCCGGUCAGCAUCCGCCUGGCCAGCGUGGUGCUGCCCAGCUGCGCCGAGAAGGCGAGGAGCACCCGCAGUCCCGUGCUGCAGCCCCGUGACCCCUCGUCCACACUUGAAAAGCAGAUUGGUGCUAAUGCCCACGGUGCUGGGAGCAGAAGCCUUGCCCUGGCCCCCGCAGGCUUCUCCUACGCUGGCUCGGUGGCCAUCAGCGGGGCCUUGGCGGGCAGCCCGGCCUGUCUCACACCUGGAGCAGGGCCUGCCAACUUGGAUAAGUCCUCCAGCUCUGGGAGUCUUUUUGCCACCGUGGGGUCCCGCAGUUCCACGCCACAGCACCCUGCACAGCCCCGGAACUCGCUGCCGGCCUCUCCCGCCCACCAGCUCUCCUCCAGUCUCAGGCUUUGUGGGGCCACCCAGGGCCCGCUCCUCGAGGCCAGCAAGGGGGACCUGCCCUCUGAUUCCGGCUUCUCAGAUCCUGAGAGUGAAGCCAAGAGGAGGAUUGUGUUCACCAUCGCCACUGGUGCAGGCAGUGCCAAGCAGUCGCCCUCCAGCAAGCACAGCCCCCUGACCGCCAGCGCCCGUGGGGACUGUGUGCCGAGCCACAGGCAGGACAGCCGCAAGCGCGGCCGGCGGAAGCGAGCAUCUACCGGGACGCCCAGCUUGAGUGCAGGCGUGUCCCUCAAGCGCCGAGCCCUGCCAUCCGUCGCUGGCCUUUUCACACAGCCUUCGGGGUCUCCCCUCAAUCUCAUCUCCAUGGUCAGUAACAUCAACCAGCCCCUGGAGAUUACAGCCAUCUUGUCCCCCGAGACCUCCCUGAAGAGCUCCCCUGUGCCCUACCAGGACCACGACCAGCCCCCUGUGCUGAAGAAGGAGCGGCCUCUGAGCCAGACCAUCACCUCAGACGAGGAGCCAGGCUCUGAGGACGAGCCCAGCAGUGCCCGAAUUGAGAGAAAAAUUGCAACAAUCUCCUUAGAAAGCAAAUCUCCCCCGAAAACCUUGGAAAAUGGUGGUGGCUUGGCGGGAAGGAAGCCCACGCCCGCCGGCGAGCCAGUCAAGAGCAGCAAGCGGAAGUCCACCUUCUCGCCCAUCUUUGACAUCGGCCUGGCCAAGUCUGCAGACAGCCCGCUGCAGGCUAGCUCCGCCCUCAGCCAGAACUCCCUGUUCACGUUUCGGCCCGCCCUGGAGGAGCCCUCUGCCGAUGCCAAGCUGGCCGCUCACUCCAGGAAAGGCUUUCCUGGCUCCCUGUCAGGGGCUGAUGGACUCAGCCCGGGCACCAACCCUGCUAACGGCUGCACCUUCGGCGGGGGCCUGGCCGCGGACCUGAGUUUACACAGCUUCAGUGAUGGUGCUUCUCUUCCCCACAAGGGCCCCGAGGCGGCCGGCCUGAGCUCCCCGCUGAGCUUCCCCUUGCAGCGCGGCAAGGAGGGCUCGGAGGCCAACCCAUUCCUGAGCAAGAGGCAGCUGGACGGCCUGGCUGGGCUGAAGGGCGAGGGCAGCCGCGGCAAGGAGGCAGGGGAGGGCGGCCUGCUGCUGUGCCGGCCCACGGACAAGACCCCGCUGCUGACCGGCAAGGCCGCCAAGGCCCGGGACCGCGAGCUCUACCUCAAGAAUUGCCACAACCUCUUCAUCUCUGCGGCGGCCGUGCCUCCCGGAAGCCUCCUCAGCAGCCCCGGCCUGGCCCCGGCGGCGUCCUCCGCAGGCGGCGCGGCGUCCUCUGCGCAGACGCACCGGCCCUUCCUGGGCCCCUUCCCGCCGGGACCGCAGUUCGCUCUCGGCCCCAUGUCCCUGCAGGCCAAUCUCGGCUCCGUGGCCGGCUCCUCAGUGCUGCAGUCGCUGUUCAGCUCUGUGCUGGCCGCUGCAAGCCUGGUGCACGUGUCGUCCGCUGCCACCAGACUGACCAACUCGCACGCCAUGUGCAGCUUUUCCGGGGUGGCAGGCGGCACAGUUGGAGGUAACUAGGAUUUCUACCUCAACCGCGAGACCUAUGCAAGGACAGUGUGGACCAACUGGCGCCCGCGGCAUGGUGCCCCCCGGCCUG